AUGAAGAAUAGGCGACUACUGAAGCUCGGAAUGGAGUGUGCCAUGAAGGUUUAUACAAAGUCAACGCCUAAUACUAGCAGCAUUCCCCUCACCAGGGGAACAUCCACCAGGCUCUAUUCUACGGAGGCACACGAAGUCUCCAAGAGUAUAACACUACAACCAGAGGUUGUCCCACUCAGUGCUUCGUUGUGCGGUUCGUUGGAUUUAAAACUGGGGCGGCUCGACGAAGCUUUGUAUUUCUUCGACGAGGCUAUGAAAAGCAUGAAGGGAGUACGACCUAUCAGUCUUAGCUGUGCCAUCGGAGUGGCAGUCCAGGAUGAAAUGGGAACUUGUUUUAUUUGCAGAAUGCAAUUGGAAUCUGCUGAGCAAAUGUACAACAGUUCCAUCCGGGAGCUUAACGCAGCUAUUGUUGCCGUGUUUUACCGUUACGCUAUGCUGAUGGCCUUGACGAAUCGACCAGGUGAGAUUUCAUCGUUACGCAAGCAGGCUCUUCGGGUCCUGCGGAACUCUCCGAAUCUCCGAAGCCAGGAGGCAUCACUUAUAGAGGAGUUCGAUGGAUAUGUGGAGAAGUUGGCGACAUUGACUCCGCUUCACCGCUACGUGGAAGUUGAGUUCGCGCUACGCGAAACGCGAUGGGAAAAGAGGCAUCGACCACUUUAA